UUGUGAACUACAACUAACCUAUCAAUGCGUCAUUUUGAUACUUAUUAUUUAAAUUAAUUAUUUAUUAUAGUUAAUAGUCUAUAAAUAUUGACGUACUACCAACAAUAGUAGUAAAUAAAUAAACAAAGUGUAUCAUGAUGUCGCGAUCCGUGCGAGCGGAAACACGAAGUCGUGCCAAAGAUGACAUAAAAAGAGUUAUGCAAGUUGUUGAUAAAGUUCGCCACUGGGAAAAAAAAUGGGUUACGAUAGGAGAGACAACAAUGAAAAUUUAUAAAUGGGUUCCAAUAUCAACACUCGAGCUGAAAAAAAAAGCUAAAUCCUUAGCCGAUAAAGAAAAUGGAAUACCAAGGAAAAGUGGAAUCGAUUCAUCAAAUAAUUCAAAUUUUGGGCUUACUGAAGAUUCAAAUACAUGCUUUUCGACUGUAAGUGAUUCGCAAGGUAUGACAGAUUUUUCAACUCAUCUAGGGUUUUCAGAAGAUUCAAACUCCCAAAACAGUGAACCGGCUCCAAAAGUACUCAAGACUGAAUGAUUAGUUGAAUAGUGGCAGGAUAAAGAUAAAUUAUAUAGAAAAUGAUACUACAAACUAACGAUAAUUAACUAAGUAAAUAAUUAAUUGAUAAUAAUCACAACAACUUUCACGAUAUCAUUUUAAAUCAUUUUCAUUUAUGAUAAAACUUUUUUUAUAAUAAAUUUAAUUUAAUUUAAAUUUAAGAUUUAUUAAUUAAUUUUUUAGCCUCAUUAAUUAUAAAGCACAAUCAGGAUUCUUUUUUUUUUAAUUAAUAUAAUUAUAUAUAAGAAUUUUGUGUAAAUAUAAAUCAUUUAGUCUACAGACAA